AGUGCUGCCUUCGUCUCCACUUGCGUCGCGAGUGGCGACACGCCUCCGUACCUACCCGCCCGCCCCCCCGCGACCACGCACGCUCUCUCUCGCCGUCCCUCCACCAUCUCCGGCGACGGCGAGGCCCUUGUCCGGCGUCCGGAUCGCCUUCCCCUGUUGCGCCCCUUCCUCCUCUUGAGGGGAGAGGAUGUGGUCGUCGAGCCAGGCGAGCACGAGGGGUGUGGUGGAGAUGGGGAGGGUGGAGGCCGGGCCUUCCCAUUUCCCCAAGAGGCCCGCGCCGCGUAACUCGCUCAGGCUCAACCUAUCAAGGUCAUAUGCAGUUAAACCUUGCUCUGUUGGUAACCGCACAGGACUUUCUCUUGGACAGUGUUACCAUAAGAAAUCUUCAGCCUGCAAAUGCAACUUGGGAUGGUCUUCUCAACAAUCACCUGACUUGAAGCAUCACUUUAGAGGAUAUUCAUCAGCAUCAGAAGCAGUUCUGACCUCCCAGUCUGAUUUCACUAAACUUCUUGUUGGCAAUGAAAAAAUUGCUGUUCUGUUGCUGAAUCUUGGAGGCCCAGAGACUCUUGAUGAUGUGCAGCCUUUCUUGUUUAAUCUUUUUGCUGAUCCGGACAUAAUCCGUCUUCCUAGGCUGUUUCGCUUUCUACAGAAGCCACUAGCAAAGUUUAUUUCUACAGUAAGAGCACCAAAGAGCAAGGAGGGCUAUGCAUCCAUAGGUGGCGGUUCUCCUCUCCGUCAAAUUACUGAUGCACAGGCUGAAGCACUGAGGGAGGCAUUAUGUAAAAAAGAUGUUCCUGCCAAGGUUUACGUUGGAAUGCGGUAUUGGCAUCCCUUCACCGAGGAAGCUAUAGAACAAAUAAAACGUGAUGGAAUUACAAAACUUGUUGUGCUGCCUCUAUACCCCCAGUUCUCCAUAUCAACUAGUGGAUCAAGUCUCCGUUUAUUGGAGAGCAUAUUCAGAGAGGAUGAGUAUCUGGUGAAUAUGCAACAUACAGUUAUACCUUCAUGGUAUCAACGUGAAGGAUAUAUCAAGGCAAUGGCAACCUUGAUUGAGAAGGAACUGACAAAAUUUCCAGAACCCCAAAAGGUUAUGAUAUUUUUCAGCGCCCAUGGAGUUCCUCUGGCAUAUGUAGAAGAAGCUGGUGAUCCAUAUAAAGCAGAGAUGGAAGAAUGCAUCGAUCUCAUCAUGGAAGAACUCGAAAAAAGAGGAAUAACAAAUCCAUGUACACUUGCUUAUCAGAGCCGAGUAGGACCAGUGGAAUGGCUAAAACCCUACACCGAUGAGACGAUUAUUGAGCUUGGGCAGAAAGGGGUGAAGAGCCUUUUAGCUGUUCCCAUUAGUUUUGUUAGCGAACACAUUGAAACUUUGGAAGAAAUCGAUGUGGAGUACAAGGAGUUGGCAUUAGAAUCUGGCAUCAAGCACUGGGGACGAGUUCCCGCAUUAGGUUGUGAACCCACAUUCAUUUCAGAUCUCGCUGAUGCUGUUAUUGAAAGCCUGCCUUAUGUUGGCGCAAUGGCAGUUUCCAAUCUUGAGGCUCGGCAGUCACUUGUACCACUUGGGAGCGUGGAAGAGCUGCUAGCAGCAUACGACUCGAAGCGCGACGAGCUCCCCCCUCCGGUGAUUGUAUGGGAGUGGGGCUGGACGAAGAGCGCAGAGACCUGGAACGGCCGGGCUGCUAUGCUGGCCGUGCUGGCUCUCCUGCUGCUGGAGGUGACGACCGGAGAAGGGUUCCUGCACCAGUGGGGAAUACUGCACUAGUGCCCACGUUUCCAUUCAUCUGGCCACGAUUUUGCUGCAUUCGGAGGUUGUUUUAGAUGAUGCUGUAUAUGAAUCGAUUUGCCUUGUGUCAGGGAGAAAGAAAGAUAUGGACCGAAUGUGACGCCAUAUCAUGUCCUAGUCUCUUACGCUGUACCUACCUAGUGGAUAUAACUUAGGGUGUGGAGAGGCAGCAUGAAGAUACACAAACCUAACACUCGAACACUUGUUUCCCACACUACAUAAACUCCGUUUUUUUAAUACAUCAAGGCUUGGGUCAUUGGCAAUAGCAAGAAACUAUUCCCUUC